ACCGUUCCACGGCCACUUCCCACGUUCGGAGCCUCUGCAGAACAUCAUCUCUUUUUACUCCCACCCAUUUUCCAGAAAAAAGAUAAUAUCGGUCUAAACCGUCAUCAAACACCCCCCCUCCCCCCUAUCUACGACAACAACAACAAACCACAACACCCAGCUAUUCACUCACGUUACGGCAAUAUCCACCGGAUAACUUCCUUCUUGUCGAUCUCCUAGUUUAAUAUCUACUACAACACAUACAAUGCCUUUUGCGUCCUCGUCGGGUGCCGAGCCCAACUCCGGCUCCUCCAAAUCCCGCGAACACAACCAGGGCCGCCAAGAUCGUGAAUAUACACCAGCACAAAAAUCAGCGGUCGAUCGGGUUCGGAGAUGCAACGCAACAGCUUACUACGACAUCUUGGACAUCAAGGUAGGGGCUACCGAGGGAGAGAUAAAGAAGGCAUACCGCAAAUUAGCUUUGGUAAUGCACCCGGAUAAGAACGGAGCCCCGGGAGCAGAUGAAGCCUUCAAACGUGAGAGAUUCUACCACUUCUUGCCCAUUUGCAUCUCAUCACCUACGACAACGGGAGUGUUAACGUGUUGAAAUACAAAUACUAACAUUCCCUACUCUUUCUUUCACUUUCCAGUUGUUUCCCGCGCGUUUCAGGUCUUGUCCGAUCCCGAUAAAAGAGCACUCUUCGACCGGCACGGAGGUGACCCGGAUGCUCGUGGAGGAGGCGGAGGUGGGGGAUUCGCCGAUACUCCUAUGCGGGGGUAUCCUGGCGGCAGUCCGUUUGGUUUCACUGGAGCCCCCGGUCGUGGAGGCCCAAUGUUCGAGGGGGAGAUUUCACCCGAGGAACUAUUCAACAUGUUUUUCGGAGGUGGCGGAAUGGGUCCUGGGGGUGACUUAUUUGGUGGGAUGGGAGGCUUUCAGACAUUUGCCGGGCCGGGCAUAAGGUUUCGUCAAUUCGGUGGACAGCGGAGGAGACCGGCGCAAGCAGCAGGCAGAGAGCAAGCGCAGCCAGAACAAAGCUUUGUGAGGAUAUUGAUCCAGCUCUUACCGUUGAUUAUAUUCUUCAUUCUACCCAUGCUCGGCUCGCUCUUUACCGGAGACAAUUCUGAAAAACUCAGAGGGCCUCUAUUCAAGCUUGAUAGGGUCCCACCUUACACAGAGAUGCGCGAAACCCUCAACUACAAAAUUCCGUUCUGGGUCAACCCCAACGAGCUGAAGGAUAUGAAAAAGAGCGACAUAGUAAAGCUAGAUAAGAGGGCCGAAACGCACAUAAUCUCACUGCUACGUUUCAAUUGUGAAAGGGAGCAAGAGAACCUAAUCGAGGAGAGAAAUGCCGCGCACGGAUGGUUCUUUGUCGAUCAAGAAAGGCUUAGGAAGGCCAACGAGCGACCGCUACCAAAUUGCAAGAAACUAAGGGAGUUAGGAGUUAGGCAGAAGUCACAGUACUAGACUCGGGUUGCUUUUUUCCCUCUUUCUUCAUCAAAAGAUUUCUGGAUCGAUUCCAUGAUUCCCACAUGUGCCUAUCUCUGAGCGCUAUUCUUUAGGUUAUCCCCCUGCUAUGAGAUACCGGAAACUGUAUGUAAAUACAGGUUAUCCACCUACCCUAAACCGUAGCCUUUACAUUAUCUUAAAUGUCGGACCUUUUUUUUCUCUCUACUCUUAUUAGCUCUUGCGGUGUUCAUUUCCUUUCUGAAUUUUAACGCAGAGCGCGGUGUCCUGGCGGGAUGUAUUAGUGGGGGAGGAAUCGAUGCGCGUAAAAAUUUAUCAGGAUGUGGUAGACUUUUCUCUUUUUCUUUCUUCUCCUUUACUUUUAGUUGAUUCUGUCUCUCCUGGGUGGCGUUCUCUCCUUUGUUAGUUCCGGUGGUCUCAUUUUCUCCUUUCCCUUGUAUUUCAUCGCUCUACAUUGUUACGACAUUAACUUGUGCGUUAGUUUUGGCUUUCUACCAGUAGAAAAGAACAAAAACAUCAAUGAGUUGGGGUGGGGUGGGUUUGGUAAUUAUAGGGUAGGGUGGGCGCCGCAUAUGGUACCUUUCUUUUUAUUUUUCUACUUUUUCAUCUUUCAUUUUCUCAUUUUCAUUAUUGAAUGGGCAGGCAGAGAACAGGAAUACGUGUGAUGAAUCGACUACUCUUUUGGAGGGGGGAUCAAUUAUCUGCAGGCUAUGUUGCCGGGCGCGUAUCAUAGAUGUCCCCACACUGUACCAUAACGGCACGAUGCCAGGAUAGAUUCAAUGAGAACGCGCAAGAGCGGAUGAAGCCCACCCGCACUUCCCCACCCAUGUCCUGCACAGAUGUGAGUACAGUACCGCCCAUCCGCCCACUAAUCCAUCGUAUUACAAGCCCCCAUUCAACCAGAAACUCCACAUCUCACUUAUCGACCAAGCAGCUAGCCACAGAAAGCCCCCAUUGCCCUCUCGCCCACCGCACCCAGCCAGUUCCUAGGGCU